AGCGGCCCCAGGGCCCGCGUCCCGGGAAAAUGUCCAGUCCACUCAUUGCUCCCUACUCUGCAAGCAAGUUUGCCCUGGACGGCUUCUUCUCCUCGGUCAGGAAGGAAUUUUCAAUGACCAAGGUCAACGUGUCCAUCACUCUUUGUAUCCUCGGCCUCAUCAACACAGACACAGCCAUGAACGCAGUGGCCGGGGUGCUCAACGCCCACGGGUCCCCCAAGGAGGAGUGCGCCCUGGAGAUCCUCAAGGGGGGCGCGCUGCGCCGGGAGGAGCUGUACUACGGCACGCCCCUGUGGACCAGCGUCCUGGUGGCCAGCCCGGGGCGCAAGCUGCUGGAGUUCCUGUCCCUGAGAAACUACAACCUGGACAAGUUCACCAGCAGCUAGGCGGCCCGGCACGGCCGGCGCUCGGGGCGCGCGGCCGCGUAUUUAUCUGAACCCCCACAUCGAGGCACCUGCCCAGAAGAUGCAAGUGCGCCGCCGC